AUGACCCCAACACCAACAGCCUCUCCGUCUCAUUCCACAGUGGCUGCUAUGAGCAGUUCAGUCUCUGUGAAAAGUUCUACCAGUGUGGUCCCCACUAAGACAACUCUAACAAAGUGUAAGAAAACCAAGAAUAUAUUGCAUUAAGAAAUAAGAAAAUUAAAGUAGAUACACUGGUUGAGUUCCCUGAUACAACCACCAUUAAUAUUUGAUAUUAAACUGUUCAAUAAUCCGUUUUUCCAUGACUGUCAUUUCAGCACCAAAACCAAACGCCUGUGGCUUCUGGACUUACAAUUGCUGGUUUGCACGUGACGUCACGGCGGCCAUGUUGGAGGUCGAGAAAAAAAGCAUUUCUCUCCUCUGGGAACUUAACUCUAUUUUCAUGUGAAUUCUUCAAGAAAAAAUUAUAUUGUAUCGGACCUCCAACAUGGCCGCCUUGUCACGUGGCUACAAACCAAGAAUUAGAAAAACUUUGAGGCCAUUUCUAUGAGUGUAGACCAAGUUUUAAACGUCUACUUUCCAACAAACAAAUCGCAUGAAAUCACGUGCGAAACAGAGUGUAUUAUGAGAGAUUCCAAAAAAGAUAAAAGCUACGAUUUUAGUUGCCAUUAUUAUAUGCCGAAACUGAAUAGACCGAAUGCCAGAUAAACGAAUCAAAAGUAGAUGAUUCUGUCUUGAUGGUCAACACUGUUGUUUUGAAUUAUUUUCAAUCGUCAGCAUGUGUCUCCGUCAGUUUUGUACUAAAUUUCCAAUGGAAUGAUUCCUACGCAAGCAAUAACUCAAGGGAGUUCAAGUUACUAAAGCUCGGGAUGGCGAUAGUGGUGAGUGGCUCUGUAAUUUACAAUGAAAGUUGCAUUAUAAGCAGAUUCCGUAUCGAUCAUACA